UCGCUGGCAGUGGCUCCUCUGCAUAGUUCUCUGUCUUCCACAUCUUCACUUUCACGUCCUAUUCCCUUGUCGUUUUGUUCCUUUAGCUCACACUCAUAAUUCCCCCAUACAAUAUCCACCUCUCCGCCAUUUCCAUCGCUUCCUUCUGCUGCUCUGAAAUCUCUCUCUCUCUCUCUCUCUCUCUCUCUCUCGCUUCUUUCUGGGAACGCAUAAGGAGGAAGACGAAGAAGAAGGAGGACGAAGGCUCGAUGACUCUCGCUCAUAAGUUGCACAGUGCACAGCCAUGGCGUCUUCCUUCUCGACUUCCAGGAACCCCUCAUCCAUUCUCCUCAUCAAUUCAUACCAAUAGGAGAUUGAUGCCCUACAGAUAUGGCUUGUUCAAAUCUUCAACAUUACGUGCACAUUAUCUUAAAGAAAACAGUGAAGGUAGAUGGCAGGCCCAAUCUUGCCGAUCAGAAAAUAAAUCAGAUUCAAACACAAAUGUUAGUGUUCCAGAAAGUAUGGACGCCAAGUUCACUAUGACGGAGAACAUAAAUACUAUUAUUAAUCAGGGCCCAUGGACUGAAAGCAUGAUACAAUCUUUGUCAUUGUACUUCAUACAUAGAGUGACACAUCAAAUGUUUUUUCACCGGAUGUUGAAAGUCGUUCAAGUAAUGCUUCCAGAGAUGCUUCAAACUCUUACAGCAGCAAGCUUGCCUCUUGCUUGCAUCUCUAAUACCUUGAAUAAAUCCAGCCCUCUCUGGUUAAAUGUCUCCUUCCCUUCUGUUAGUGAUAUUCAAUGGAGCCUGACACGAUUGAUAUACUUGUUCAAUACCCAACUUGAGAGAAAUGUUGGCACGAUCUUUGUGGCGCUCCUUGUAGCAUGUUCAUCAUUUGUUUUUGUUGGUGGUCUCCUGUUUUUCAAAUUCAGGGGUCAGAAACAGUCAUUAGAGGAGUGCUUCUGGGAUGCCUGGUCAUGCCUUGUUUCAUCAUCAAGUCAUUUAGGAAAAUCAACACGUGUUGAGCGUGCUCUUGGAUUUAUUCUUGCCAUAUGGGGUAUACUGUUUUACACUCGCCUGCUCAGUACAAUGACCGAACAAGUUAGGAUUAAUAUGCAAAGACUAAGAGAGGGGGUCCAAGUACAAGUUUUGGAGACUGACCAUAUCAUCAUUUGUGGUAUGAAUAGCCAUCUGCCUUUCAUAUUAAAGCAGCUAAACAAGUAUCAUGAAUUUGCGGUCCGCUUAGGCACUGUUAGAGCGAGGAAGCAGAGAAUCCUUCUUAUGUCUGAUCUUCCUAGAAAACAGAUUGAUCAAAUAGCUGAGCCAAUGGUGAAAGAUUUAAAUCACAUUGACGUCCUUACAAAAAGUGGCAGCCUUAGUUUGACGGAAUCAUAUGAAAGAGCAGCGGCCAACAAGGCUCGUGCAAUAAUUAUACUGCCAACAAAAGGGGACAGGUAUGAAGUUGACACAGAUGCUUUUCUAUCUGUUUUAGCCCUUCAGCAAAUUCCAAAAAUGGAUUCUGUCCCCACCAUAGUUGAAGUUUCAUGUUCCAAGACAUGUGAGCUCUUAAAAUCUAUGUCAGGAUUGAAAGUACAGCCAGUAGAAAAUGUUGCAUCCAAAUUAUUUGUCCAGUGCUCUCGACAGAGGGCGCUUGCAAAGAUCUACAGACACUUGCUAAACUAUCGAAAAAAUGUAUUUAAUCUUUGCAGCUUACCCAACCUAGAAGGAAUGACCUACAGGAAAGUAAGACAUGCAUUUCAAGUGGCAGUUGUCUGCGGUCUUUAUCGGAAUGAAAGGAUAGACUUCCACCCAAAUGAUAAUGAAAUCCUGCAGAAAACUGAUAAAGUUUUAAUGAUUGGAUCCCUUCGUGAUACAAAGGAGGCACACGCAUACCCACACAAGAAAGAAGGAAUUCAUGACCAAGAAAUUCAAGAAGAAGAUGUCGAGCAUGCUAUACAAUUGAGUAAAAUGAGACUAGCUAAUAUUGUAAAGCGUCCUAAAAGAUCAGGUUCCAAGGCAUCAGAUGAAAAUCUGGGACCGAAAGAGUGCAUUCUUUUGCUUGGGUGGCGCCCUGAUGCUAUAGAUAUGAUUGAAGAGUAUGAUAACUAUCUUGGUCCGGGGAGUGUUGUGGAAAUAUUAUCAGAUGCACCUGUGGAUGACCUGACUAGUGCCUGCAGCGUUACUGGUCAAUGUAACCUCAAGAAUGUUCGAAUUUCUCACAGGAUUGGAAAUCCUUUGGACUAUGACACCUUGAAGCAGACCCUUCUGAGUAUCCAGAGAUCUCUUGGUAGUGAAGAUAUUCCUUUGUCAGUUGCCGUGAUAUCUGACAGAAGAUGGCUUCUUGGAGAUCCAUCUAGGGCAGACAAGAAUUCUGCUUAUACUCUCCUACUAGCAGAAAAUAUCUGCAAACAACUUGGAAUUAAGGUGCAUAAUCUAGUUGCAGAGGUUGUUGAUUCGAAGUUGGGGAAACAAGUUGCGAGAAUCAGUCCAUCACUGACCUAUAUUGCGGCCGAGGAAUUAAUGAGCCUUGUAACAGCUCAAGUAGCGGAGAACAGUGAACUUAAUGAAAUUUGGAAAGACGUACUAAAUGAAGAGGGUGAUGAAAUAUAUGUGAAGGAUAUCAGCCUUUACAUGAAAGAAGGAGAGAAUCCAACAUUUUGGGAGCUCUCAGAGAGAGCAUAUCUACGGAGAGAAGUAGCCAUAGGUUAUGUGAAAAAUAACAGGAAGGUUAUUAAUCCGCUUCCAAAGUCAGAACCCCUCUCUCUUGAAGUGACAGACUCACUAAUAGUUAUUUCGGAGCUUGAAGGAGAACAGCCUGUGGUUUUGUAAUGCUGAAGCUUCAAUAUAAUCUUAUCUUCAUGCUGCUUCAUUGUUGCUGCAGGGGCAUUGUUUCCACCACCUUGUAUAAACCCUGGCAGAGAUUUUCUUAAGAAUCUCUCAGUCGAUCGAAUCCCAGAAGAAUAGAGGGUGAAUCAGUUGUUUUUUUAAUCUUGCUGCUCAGGUACAUCCAAAGGCUUGAAGAUUUAGGAGUUCAAUAAUGGUCACAUUAUAGACCGCUGAAAGUCAUUCUGGCAGGGAAAAUAGUGUAUUUAGGGGCUUUAAUAAUUUCUUUUUUUUGGGACCAAGACUUGAAUAAGUUCUCUGAUGCAGAGAUUCUGCUAUUAGACAAUGUUAUAUUCAGUUUUGAGUACAUUUUAACUCUAUUUUUAAGAUUUUGGUUUUAAGUUAUUGCCUUAAGGCUGAAGCUAUCACUAACUACUCAAAGAUAAUGGACACAGAACAUGGAGGAGUUUCUAGAGAAAUAUAAAGAUCAGAAAAAUAA